UAAACAUGAGUGUGUUUGUAAUUGUGGCUUACAGUCAUAAACACGCGAAUGGCACGAGUGAAAUCGACAUUAUAGAUUAUGAAUUCCUCGUACAACUGAUCGAUUUACAAUUUUCUUUUUGAAUAUGGUUAAUAAGUAUUUUGAUAUUGCAUUUAGUCUUUUGAUUAAUAUAACAUCAAACAUUAAAAAAACAAUCGUGUAAUAUCAAGUAAUAUUCUCCAACAAAAAACAAAAAAAACACGCAUCAAAUUGCAACUCUGAGUCUGUGGGUACAUGUGCUUGUUUGACAUCCUAACUUGCUAAUCUGCUAUCGUCCAAUGUUCGUUGUAUUGCCGUCAUCCUUACAUAAUAAAGUAGGCUUGUGUUGAUGUUUAGUAUUCUACGGUAAAACGCUGCAACGUCAGCAAACAAAUGAGCUAACGUCAUUUGUCGACGCUUCAAACGUCUACGGCUCUUCAGACCAGCUUCUGAAGUCAUUGCGAAACGGAACUACAGCGUUUAUGAAGGUCACACAGGGCGCAGAUGGGCCCCGCCUUCCUGACGGUGAUGACAGGAGGUGCCGUUCUGACCAAGCAAACGGGAAACACUGUAGUCUCGCAGGUGAUGCACGUGUAAACGUUAUUCCGUCAUUAACAUCAUAUCACAACUUGUUUGUGCUUGAACACAAUCGCCUUGCGACAAGACUGAGCCGAUUUUUUGCGGAUGACGAGGAAGCUUUUCAGCAGACGAGAAAGCUCUUGAUCGGAAUAAUGCAGAAGAUUGUUUACGACGAAUUUCUUCCAUCGUUCCUUUCACCGAAAGCGAUGAAGAAGUAUAAACUUGACAGUUCGAAUAAGUACAAAUACGACUCAAAGCUUGAUCCCACCAUUGCCAACGCUUUUGGAAUAGCGUUUCGAAUGGGACACUCUUGGAUUCCCACGUUCAUGUCGGUCUACACAAAUAACUUCGAUCCAUUCCGCAAGCAAUUUCUCAACGAAACCUUCUUGGACCCCAACAUGACCUACAUUGAGUCUGUGAAUGGGGGCCCAUCUGGGAUGCAGGGGCUGUCAUACGCGUUAUCAGCUCUUGAGUCAUCCACUACUGACAGAAUCAUCGAAGACGUUGUCCGUAACAGUCUGUUCGUAAACACCAUCAAAGAUAUUUCCUUUGAUCUGGCAUCCCUGAACAUCCAGAGGGGUCGAGACCACGGACUCCCCUCCUACAAUGAGUUUCGAAAAGUGUGCGGACUGUCGGACGUGAGGUCAUGGGGCACCUCAGCGGGUCACAGAGGCCUUGUUGAUCACACUCAGGAGGCAAUCACAAAGCUUAAAGAUGCCGGUUACAGUUCACCCAAAGACAUUGACCUUUACCCCGGGGCACUGAGUGAGAAGCCCGUCUCUGGUGGAACCCUGGGUCCGACAAUGGAGUGUAUCAUAGGAGACCAGUUCCGGAGACUCAAGUUCGGAGAUAGAUUCUUCUAUCAAAACGAGAAAACUGGCUUUAACAAAGCACAACAGGCCGCCAUUCAGAAAUACAGCCUGGCCUCCCUGCUAUGUAAAAACUACAACUUUAAGAAAGUCAACUUUCCGAACGUCUUCAAACUCGCUGAUCCGAUCAAAAGCUGCCAGACAAUCGACGAUAUCGACUUGAAGCCUUUUGGCUCUUCUUCCAAUGGCGGCUCUACUAGUUGGGGCUAUAAGUUGCGCAACCUUUUCCAGCGCAACGAAAUAAUUGAGAAAAGCAGUGAGACACUAGAGGAGUAUCAUCAAAAAUGAUUGUACACAUGUGUUGCUUUAUAUAUACAUUUUCUUUAUAAAUGGACUUACGAUUGUGUUGUACAUUUAAAUAGACAAUUUAGCAAGUGUUGUUAUGUCGACGUGUUAAGCAUCAUACGUUUUUGUAAUACGUUAUAUUGACAUAUAAGAUGCAGAAACAAAAAUCAUGGUUAACGCACAUGUAUUUGUUCAAACCUCGUUUACCAGAAAUGUAAAGAGGAAAACUGCAAAAGACAAGGGACCAAAAGUUUUUUAACUCGUUUACAUUUAGAUUAUCAAUAAUGCAAGUAUCAUUUUAACACUGGGGUUUGUAAUCAAAGACUAUCUUGAGUAAAUUUAUAAGAUGCACCAUGGUUAAGUUGCGAAAAGUGUGCAGAUGAUAAACGAUUUGAUAAGACAAGUCUUAGAUCUUCUGAGCUUAAUGUGUCUUGAAACUGCUUUAAUAAUUCCUGGUAAAAAUACAAACUUGGAAGUUAUAUACUUUGAACAUAUCUGCAUUACUAUGAAAAUAUUGACAGUUCGGCGUUUUGAAUAAUAUUGUCAACACAAUUAACGACUUCUCUAACCAUAAUUUAAAAUCGAAGCUUAUGUUAACAAAUUGUUAUAUCUGGUUCAUAGAAUAAUGGAACAUGAAACAUAGCCUCGGUUUCAUAUACUGCUUUCUACAUAAGUAUAAAAGUAAAUGCUCAUAUAUGAAUGUUUCUCCAGCAAAUAAUGUGUGCGGACAAUUAUUAAAACACAUUUUGUAGCGCCAAUGGCUAUUUAAAAACACUAAUAAGAGUAUAUCAUUAUUAUACUAUACGAUAUAUAUACGAAGUUUUAAUAUUACGUGUUAUUUUGUUCAAUGUAUUUUGUAACAAGUCUUUUCUACUUUAUUUUAUUUGCUUACGUUUUUUAUAUUGACUUCAUUAUGUUUAUUUAUCAUAGGUUGCCCAUACAUCUGCUAAUUGUUAUGUUAUAGUUACUAAAUGUAGCAUCCUGGUGUAUCAAUGUGUGCUUUACGUUAAGGCAAGGUAUCUUUUGUUACUGCUUGUUAGGGCAUGUUAGUUGGAUAUUGUGCAUCAAUUAAGCUGUUUUUUAAGCACUCAAGAUAGCUCCUACGUACGUUGAUGAACAAUCGAAGUUAAGAACAUCAUUUUCUUUUAGUUGAUAUUCUAAUAAUUAGAAAUAUUUAUAUAUACUUCCAGAUAAACUCUAUAGCAUGGCUUUUAUGUACGUAUUAACCCGUAUUAAAUAAAUGCAUACAUGAAAAAAA